GGCAGGCGACAACCAAGUGCGGAGGACUGCCUUUCCCGAUACUGUCCCCCAGCGCCACCCGGGGGAAAUUAAAAGUCUUGUUCCGCUGCGGAGCCGGACCCAAGAACUGGGCACUGGGGCGAAGGCCUACUCUCUGUUCCCAGAACCUCUUUCUGCUUCUUCCUCUCCUUAACUGUCUGAAUGGAUCGGUCCGCCUAUUCCUUCCCUGCUCCUAGAGCGAAAUGGAAAGCUCCAUCGCCCCUCCAGUCCGGGCCUGCUUUGCGGGGGACGCCGGCGCGGUUGUCAGGGAAAGCCCCGGACGUGACGGCUGCGCUCGACCCCGCGCCGCCGCCCCCGUCCUGUCCGUCACUCCCGUGCGCACGCCGCUCUCCGCGGGCCCCACCCCCCACCCGGAGUUCCAGGCUGGGCAGGAGUAAACAGCGGGUGGAGGGAGGCUCUCGGAACCAGGCCAGGCGACAGCAUGCUGGGGCUCGGGGGGCCAGGGCUCCCUGCUGUGGGGAUCCUGUGCUUGUUGUCCUUCCUGGCGCUGCUGUCGCUCCCUGCGGUCCCCGCGCCCCAUCGUGCUUCCUACAAGCCGGUCAUCGUGGUGCACGGGCUCUUUGACAGCUCGUACAGCUUCCGCCACCUGCUGGAAUACAUCAACGAGACACACCCCGGGACUGUGGUGACAGUGCUGGAUCUCUUCGAUGGAAGAGAGAGUUUGCGGCCCCUGUGGGAACAGGUGCAAGGAUUCCGAGAGGCUGUGGCCCCCAUCAUGGCAAAGGCCCCUCAAGGGGUGCAUCUCAUCUGCUACUCGCAGGGGGGCCUGGUGUGCCGGGCACUGCUCUCUGUGAUGGAGGAACACAAUGUGGAUUCUUUCAUCUCUCUGUCCUCUCCACAGAUGGGACAGUAUGGAGACACUGACUACUUGAAGUGGCUAUUUCCUACCUCCAUGAGGUCUAACCUCUACAGGAUUUGCUAUAGCCCCUGGGGGCAGGAAUUCUCCAUAUGCAACUACUGGCAUGAUCCCCACCACGAUGACUUGUACCUCAAUGCCAGCAGCUUCCUGGCCCUGAUCAAUGGGGAAAGAGACCAUCCUAAUGCUACUGUGUGGCGGAAGAACUUUCUCCGUGUGGGCCGAAUGGUGCUGAUUGGGGGCCCUGAUGAUGGAGUUAUUACCCCCUGGCAGUCCAGGAAAUGGCGAAGGUGUUUUGGAGAGGUCCUGUGUACCCUUCACCUAGUUCCUCCAGUGGCUGCACCCUGUGGAACUGCAGCACAAUAUCGGAGCCAGGACAUUAACUUCGGCACAGAAAAUCCAGGUCUCCAAGGCACUGUGUGCCUGCCUCUGUUACAGAUCAGCAUGACUGACACGAAAUGUCACCUGACCUACUUAGUCACUCAUUGAGCACUAUGUGCCAUGGCACAGUUCUGGGCCCUGGGGAAUGUAGCUGUCAAAAAAAGAGAAGUCCCUGCUGUUAUGUAGUGUAAAUUCUUGUGGGCGAUACGGAUAAUAGAUGUAAAAGUAGAUGUCGGGUAGUAAUAAAAUAAGGCAGGGGAAGGGCUUACAGUAUAACUGGAGCCUGUUUUAGAUAGUGGCCAAAGAAGUCCUCCUGGAAGAGUUGCCCUUUGAGCCGAGGAAGGAAAUGAGGAAAGGCAUCGUGCAACAGUUUGAGGGAAGGAGAACAGCACCUGCAUGGUCCUGGGGCAGGUGUGAGGAAGGAGGAGGCCGGUGAGUGCAGGGAGUAGGGGAGAGUGGGAGAGGAGGGUGAGAGACGUAGCAGGGAGCCAUUGUGUUGAGCCUUUGUGAGGCAAAGUAAGGCCCUUGACUUUUUUCUAAAAUAUACACAACGUAAAAGUUGCCAUUUUGAAUGUAUGGUUCAGUGGCAUUAAGUACAUUCACAUUAUUGUGUAACCAUCAUCACCAUCCAUCACCUCUAGAACUUCUUUUUCUUCCCAAACUGAAAUUCCAUACCCAUUAAACACUAACUCCUCAGUCCUGCCUCCCCCACCCCCUGGCAGCCACGACCCCUGACUUGUUGUUCUAAGUAAAACAGGAAAGCAUUGUUGGGUUUGGAGUGAAGGGGUAAUAGCUCUUAUAAUAAGAGUAAGAGAUGGGAUUUAUUUAUAUUUCAUUUCAGAUCUACAACAACCCUAUGAAGGUAAUAAUAGCUCACAGUACAUAGCACCUUUUGUCCCCAGGCGUUGAUCCAAGUACUUUUCAUAUAAAGCUCAUUUCAUCCUCUAAACAAUCCUAUGGGCAAUUACUGUUACCUUCAUUUCACAUUUUAGAAAACUUGGGUGCAAAAAGCUUAUAUUCAUAGAAUUAGUAAGCAGUGAAGUCAGGUUAUUUGUUAACCACAAUGUUUUACUUCCUUUCUACAAAGGAGGCAUUUCUUAUAUGUCUCCUUUGUAGAAAAGAGACAGAGGAGAAGUAAGGGACCAAGAGGAGAAGCCCGCCCAGCUGUACACAGUGGGGGUGUGGCAGGGCUGGUGCACGUCCAGGUCCAGGUGUUCUGACUGUUCCCCCACUAGUCUCAUACUUCGGAAGUUUCCAGAGUAGCACAAAGCAAUCUUGUGUACUCUUCACCUAGUCUUCUUCAGUGUUAACGUUGUGCCCGUGCUAGCACCAGUGUCUCCAUGUGUAGUGUGUGUGUGUGAACCAUUUGAGAGUAGGUUGUAGACAUGAUGUCUCUACCCCUAAAACUUUAGUGUGUCAGUGUGUAUUUCCUACAUACAGGGCAUUUUUUACAUGUCUGCAAUAUCAUCAAAAUCAGGGAAUUAACAUUGAUAUGGUACUCCAUAGACCUUGUUCGAAUUUUUUCAAUUGUCUUUUUAGAAGAAAUUCCUGUGCAAGAUCCAACCCAGGAUCAUAUAUUACAUUUAGUUUUCAUGUCUUUUUAAGCCUGGAAUACUUCCUCAGUCUUAGUCUGGGACAUUGAUAUUUUUGAAGCGUACAGGCCAGCUAUUUUGUAGAACGUCCCUCAGUUUGUGUUUGUUGGCUAUUUUCUAUUCAGGUUAGACAUUUUUUAUGAGAAUUCGGUGAAGUGAUGCUGUGUCCUUAGUGUGUCACUUCACAGGGUACAUGAUGUCCGGUUAAAUAUUUUCAUUUUCUCCAGCUCUCCUGAUAACGGCCCACUCC